AUGCAGCCUGCGGGCCGCCCCCACAGCUGCCAUGAGACACGGCGCCGGAGCGGUGCCACUGCUGCUCAACAUGUACCUGCCAGCCCGCGGGAUUUUCUAUUCCUAUUUAAAAGCUUCCCCGGCUCGGUCGGAAAUCGGAUUUCCUUUUUCCUGGACGCGUUUCCUGGCUUCGCCGCGGCGGCGGGGCAAGCGAGGGGGAGCGGCCGGGGGCUGCGGGGAGGCUGCCCGCGGGUGGGCGCCGGGGUUCGCGGUACCGCCUGGCUCCAGCCCCCCCCUCCAUCCCCACCCGCGCCCCUUUUUCCCCCCCCAGAUCCAGUCGGGGAAACUUUGUUCAAAGACGGGAAGAGCCAGGCGUGGGGGUCUCUCAGCCCCGGCGUGCAGAAAGGCAGCGGGCAGAUCCAGCUGUGGCAGUUCCUGCUGGAGCUGCUCUCGGACCGGGCCAACCUCAACUGCAUCGCCUGGGAAGGCACGAACGGGGAGUUCAAGCUGAUCGACCCCGACGAGGUGGCGCGGCGCUGGGGCGAGCGGAAGAGCAAACCCAACAUGAAUUAUGACAAGCUGAGCCGGGCGCUGCGCUACUACUACGACAAGAACAUCAUGACCAAGGUCCACGGCAAGCGCUAUGCCUACAAGUUCGACUUCCAUGGGCUGGCUCAGGUGUGCCAGCCAGCUGCUCCCGAUCACACCCUCUACAAAUUCCAGGGAAACCUGGCCCCGCUGCCCUUCUCGGGCAUCUCCAAACUCAACCUCAUGACCUCGGGGGUGACACCGGCCAGCUUCUCCUACUGGCCUGGCUCCAGCCCAUCCCUCUACCCGGGGCACGGGCUGCAGCCCUCUGCCCCGUUCAGCGCCAUGGCAGCCUCUCACCUCAACAACAUGAACAACCAUUACCAUUAGAGGCUCAGCGGUGCCAGGCACAUGUCCCUGGCAGCAUGGGGCUGUGGAGCUUAGCAGGGAGGGAUGGGGGGUGGGAUCAGGCCCUGCUCUCAGUUGCCCCCUUUUAGAUUUGGAGAGUGGUGUGGUGGGCAAAGGGUGCUUGCAGGGUAGCUGGGUUGGUUCCCUGAGGUGGGUGGCUGGAGGAGAGAAGCCAUCUAAAUUUAGGAUGAGGAGGGAUCCAUCAUCCUGGGAGUGCACAUGGAUACCCAGAGUGUGAAUGGAAGGGAAAACCAAGGGCUCUCCUCCUGGCAGGGACCAUGGCCCCCCUUUCUUUUGCAACAUUCUGCCCACCCCAUGAACAUACUUAGCUCUGUCCCCAGCCUGUGCCUGCCCUCACCUCUCCCUGCAGAGAGGAGCCAGGAGCCAGGGCCCAAGGGCAGUGGCAUCCACGGGUGAGUGUCCCCCUGGACAGGGGCAGGGAAAGGGGACCCUCCUUGCUGCUCCUCGAUCCCCCACCUUUGUCUCCAAAGCCUUCUCUUCCUCUAUCCCUCCUACACCUCCUGCUGGUGGUGGCUUCCUCCAGACCUCAGGAGAAGCCUUGGUCUGGAGAGCAGAUGCACUUCAUGCGUUAGCUCCUGGCCAGGGCAGGACUCUGGGGUUGGAGGUGCCAGGGGCAGGUGUGGGGGGCACAGCCAGCCCUCAGGGCAAGGCCAGAGCCCGAAGGCCGCACUGCCUGGCCCCUGCAGCCCUCCCCUCUCCCCACUGCCCAAGGACCACACCACAGAGCAGGACUGUCCCCACACCCUGCACACAAGCCCAUGUCCUGCUGGUCACAUCCAAGUUUAAUGCUCCAGCUUCACUGUGGCUUCAGCCCCUAGCGUGCAGGGCUUAGUGGGACACCUUCCAUAGGUGGGGGCAUCCCCAGGGACAAAGCUGGAUGGGAGGUGGAGCAGGAGAAGGGACAAUAGGGCUGGGAGCCCUGGGCACUGAGUGAGAGGCAGCCCUGCACCUCUCCCCCUGGGUCCAAGGAGGUACCCCCAUUCUCCGGAGCAGGACUUUGGCCCAAUGGGUGCAGAAGAGCUGGGCAUGCAGGGCUCUGCGCUGGCUGGGGAGGGAUUGAUCUUCAAUAAAUAGAGAGGUGCUGUGA